GCGGCAGAGAACCAGUCGUAUAUUCCUACCGACGCGAGACACACUGCAACACACUCGAGCUAAGAGAGCCAUUCACUUUAUUCUCCGCGGUUCUUCGAUCAUAAAGCAUUCUUUUAUUAAUUUCAACGAUUUUAGAAAAUACCGAUCGGCUAUUCCUUUUUAUCGAACUCCGGACGAUCGGUCACGAUUUUGUCCGAUCGAAUAUUCGUCGUACCUUUCAUACCGUAAACCCAAGUACAUGUCAAUCAGGGAUCAAAGUUGCUCUGUGUGUACCUGUAACUGAUUAUCUUAUCAUCACCAAAGAACGAUAAUAUAGUUUUCUUAAAGCGAGGAAGGAGUGCAAUAAGUUUCUGAACACCACUGGACGGCAUCAGGAACAAUGAGGUCUUGCUGUUGGACUUGAGGCAGGAAUCAUUUAGGUUUAGCGAGUUGGAGAAGAGGUGUAACACGAUCGCUGAAAAACUCGCCUGCGGAACGAACGCCGGCGCACGUUUGUGACAAGAAGAGCCAGAUCAUACGCUUUAGGUCGUCGCCAAGGUCUUGGCCAGUAGGAAAUCGCCUCAGUGCCCAAGGAGUGCCCUGAACUAAAGAAGCCCUGAAGAUUAGUCGGGGUAUGAUGGUGCCGACAACCACACAUUCGACUAAUGUUCGGCUGCUGAUAGUUAGCACGCUGCUUGCCGCAGCGGCGUUGAUUGACGCUAAGAAGGCCAGUCGCGACGACGACAUCGAGGAAUCAAGCCGCCCGCCUCCAUGUGACAGUCCGAUCUAUUGUUAUGGCGACAUUCUGCACACCGUGCAAACGAACUCUAUCUACACGGAUUCGAAGACUUUCGUUGAUAUGAAGAUGAGGAAUCCUCAAAACGAGACACUGCUGUUGUUUGAGGCAUUCAUGAAUAGCACCGGACACGCGCCGACGAAGACGGAGAUCGAGAUGUUCGUCAACAACACGUUCGAGGCUGCGGGUUCGGAGUUCGAAGAUUGGGAUCCGUCAGAUUGGACGGAGCACCCUAAGUUCCUCGAUAGUAUUUUGGAUCCUAACUUGAACAAGUUUGCCUCCAGUUUGAACGAGAUAUGGAAACUGUUGGGGAGAAAGAUGAAGGACGAAGUGAGAGAGAACGAAGAUCUUUACUCCAUAAUAUACGUUCCGAACCCGGUAAUUGUGCCCGGUGGAAGAUUCCGAGAAUUUUAUUACUGGGACUCGUACUGGAUCGUCAGAGGUUUGCUUCGUUCCGAAAUGCACACUACCGUCAAGGGAAUGCUGUCGAAUUUCGUCAGCGUAGUGGAAAGAAUAGGCUUUAUACCGAAUGGUGGAAGGGUUUACUACAAGAUGAGAUCACAGCCACCGAUGUUGAUCCCGAUGGUCAAGGCUUACCUGGACGCUACCAAUGACAUCGAUUGGCUCACGGAAAACGUAUGGCUUUUGGAGAAGGAGUUUCAGUUCUGGAUGAAUAAUCAUACCGUGACAUUUGAAAAGGAUGGGACAUCCUACACUAUGGCUCGAUAUUACGAGAUUUCCUCCGGCCCGCGGCCAGAAUCUUACAGAGAGGAUUACGAAUCUGCUGAAUCUUUUCGUACGGAUGCGGAGAAAAAUCUGUUUUACCGAGAGUUGAAAGCCGGCGCUGAGUCCGGUUGGGAUUUUUCCAGCCGUUGGUUUAUCUCCGAAAGUUAUACCAACAAAGGAAAUCUAACCAACAUAAAAACGUCCCACAUUAUUCCGGUAUGUUUGAACUCCAUAUUAUACGGCAACGCAGUUUUGCUAUCCGAGUUCUAUACAAAAGUUGGUAACGCGACGAAAGCCGCAGAAUACGCGAGUAUCGCUGAACAGUGGCAAAAGGCUGUUACGGCCGUUUUGUGGCACGACGAAGUCGGUGCCUGGCUGGACUACGACUUCGUUAACGAGCUGAAACGAGACUAUUUUUACCCCACGAAUAUCGCACCCUUCUGGACCCAUUGUUACGACCCUGCGAACCGCGAGAACCACGUGGCCAAGAUUUUGAAGUACCUGGAAAAGAGCCAAAUCAUGAUUCACUUGGGAGGCAUUCCCGCCACCCUGGAGCACUCCGGUGAACAAUGGGACUACCCGAACGCUUGGGCGCCGUUGCAGUGGAUCAUGAUCAAAUCUUUGAACAACACCGAGGACCCUUGGGCGCAAAGAUUAGCCUACGAAAUCAGCCAGAGAUGGGUGCGAAGCAACUGGUUGGCGUUCAACGAAACCGGUUACAUGUUUGAGAAGUAUGACGCAACCGUCGCAGGGGGUCACGGAGGCGGAGGCGAAUACGAGGUCCAGCUGGGUUUCGGGUGGUCAAAUGGUGCCGCUAUGGAGUUGAUGUACGUAUACGGGGAUAAACUCACCGCCGAGGAUCACUUCACCCCGAACGACGUUUCGAGCUCGGCUUUCGAGCAGCAGGUUGUCGUAUCGACGACCGGUCAGCUACUCACAGGAAUUCUGGUGCUUAUCAUAUCGUUAGCAACAGGAUUCAUAGGGUGAGAAUUCCAUCUGGUUUAACCGUCCUUGUAUACACAAUUCUAGAUAGAUCAUAACUCCAAAGUGUCGAGGGCAGGUUUAGGCUUUCGAUACCAUCGACAAGUUUUGAUAUGCGUAGAAAAUCACUAAUACAUAACUAUAGACAAUAAUAUAACUGACGACGAAAGUCAGGUAAGGGUAGCGGAUGGUGAAUAAUUUAAUCUUUAUAGCAAACCAUUUAAGCCUGUGCUGCAUCAGCGCUAAAAUUCUUGUCAGUCUAAAUGGACAAGGAUUUAGUCACUCCAGAGUUGAACUGUGCCAAUAAUUAUACCAUUUAACCGUAAUUAGCAGGAUAAAAGCGAAAAUGUAACAUGUGAUUUAAUUCUCUGCUGUAAAUUGACAGACAACCUCUUCCAAUUUCCCACUGGCAUCUAACGUUAAUCGUUCCUGAAUGAACCGCAAGUUACUAUUUAAAACAGGUAAAUUGAAAAUUUGCAGCAGAGAAUCGUAUUGGUACAAAGUACAGUAGAUAUUUUAAUUGUAUAUAUAUAUAUAUGUAUAUGCAUAUAUAUACUUUUUUUUAUCACACAGAUCAUCGGUACACCUAUUGCCUGCUUUUAAAUUAUUGCUUGUUGAAGAGCGAGUCAAUUUAUACCUCUGCUGUUACGUAAUUAUAUAUAAGUACGUAUGCCUACUGCACGCAUUACUUUACAUACACAUGUAACUGCUUAACUUACAUAUGGGCCGAAGCAUGAUUACUUUUAUCAUUCAUAAGGAAGUAGGAGACGGACGUCGUGGAGCUUUGCGAAGAUUUUUAAUUUUUUUCCCGCUGCAAAUUUGUACGAGAACCAUAAUUUGUACGGUGGGUCUGCUGGCAUUUUUUAUCUCUUUAACUUCGGCAAAACUUUAUAUUAAUCGCAUCCGCUUGAUAUUAAUUACAGUAUGUCCAAGAUAGAUAUUCUAAUGAUAAACCUCAUGGUUAGUUAAUAUCAAUAAUCAAUUUUUUUUGAGAUACCAGUCACGAUUGAAAACAUAACUAUUUGCAGAAAUGUAAAAGAAAAAAAAAUAUUUCAAAUCUCCGAGUGCAUAGAUUGAAUCGAGUGCGUUAUUAGAGCAUUUAUUUUGCAGUUUUCUCCAAACGUAUUUAUACUUUUCAUGUUAUACGAUACAAACAAUGAUUCAAAGCUUUAUUAAUUGUAGUGUAAUUUUUUUCUGCUGCCGCUUUUUUUUACCAAUUAUUCCAGUCAAGAAAUUACGUCUUAUGCAUAGCUCUGUCAAUUUUGAAAACAUUUUAACAGUUUCAUUAUGAUUUACAUCUCGCUAUGUAUAAUUUAUUUCGUGGCAUUAUACAUACCUUUAAAUACCUCCAAUUAUGUUUAUGCAUACACGUAUAUUUUUGUUCUAAACUAUGAAAAGCAGUUUUUUUUUCAUGUUUCUAAACUUGGUUCUCCUGCGUCACAUUUUGAUUGCUCUUUGCGUUAUUAAACUUUAAAAUAACAGCACGUGGCGUUAUUAUCAUAAUGAAUCUUGUCGUCAGAAUUUAGUACUUAUUGCGCAUACCAGUGAAUAUAUAUAUAUAUAUAUAUAUAUAUAUAUGCAUAUAUUUAUAUGUAAAUCGUCCAUAAUUCGUACAAAUAAUACAAAUAACCAAAAGUUAGAUGUCAGGUGAUUAGGAUGAGAAUUAUUUUAAUAAGUAAUAUUUGGCAUUCCGAUUAACGCUUGCUUUACGCACGUAUCCAACUAUACGGACUUGAUAGAAUGUGGAUAUAAACUUAGGAUGAAAAGAAAGACAACUAAAUCAUUGCUUAUGCAUGUAAAGAACUUCGCCGAUAUAUUUGCUUCAUAACUCAAGCCUUGAGAUUCGUAAAAAUAGUAAUAUUAAAAUCAUAUUAAUUUUGAUAAGAAUAUUCGAGCAAACUUUUUAUCAAGUAUUAGUAAUAAUAUUAAUCGUAACAAUAGCAAUUUUAAUUUUACUAAUAAUAGUAACGAUAGUCUUAAGGAUACGUAUAUUUAUAUAUUUUCUCCUCCCUUGUGCUGUCAAUUCUUCCGUACAUACCUAUUUAUUUUAUUCUUAAACAAAAAAUGUUCUUUUCCUUUCUUUCGCUCGGGCAGUACUGUAGCAUAUUGCAUGUUUAUAGUUGAAAUAUUAUCAAUUCAAGUUGUAUUCAUUUUCUAAUUUCGUAGCGAGAUGUGUAAAACUUAAAAUUUUACUACCUGUACGACGAAUAAUGAAUAUCCAACACCGCAGGUUGUGAAUUAUCUGAGAUAUUAAUAUAUAUUUUAUAUAUCAUGCGAAGUAGAGUGUAGUUAGAAAUUAAAUUAACUUAUUGGGAGUAAUAUGUUCUACUAUGGUAAAUGCAUGGCCGAUGGAUUGUCUGUCUGCGUUCUUAUUAGUUUCAGUGAAGAAAUCACGAAAAGAAAAAUAUUCAGCCUAGUAAAGUAGCAUAAUACAUAUCUUCUUUCUUUUACACUUCAAAUAAAUCUCUCAACGCACUUGUGAGAUAGAA